AUGAAACUAUUAGAAGACAACAGCAAUAGCAUGAUGAAGUUGCGAGAUUAACUGGACAAAGCUAGAGAGAAUAUUAUGAGUAGGCAGAAGUCACUGAAUAAUAAUCAUCACAAUUCUCAUAAUGUCUAGCUAAAUCAGCAUGCAAAUACCUCUUUAUAUGGAACACUUGGAGGGAAUCAGUGCUCUCAUUCGGAUUGCCCAAGGCCAAUAUAUAAAUAAAAAAUGUGCAAGCAACACUUCUGCUUGUAAGUAAAGGCAGUAUUGAAAAAAGAAUUAAGAAAUAUAUUCAGAGGACCAGACAAAGCAUAUGCAUCUAUGGAUUUCUAUGGAAGAGGGUAUAUUACAGAAGAAGAUUUCUUGAAUUCAAUUGUCAUUAAAAGAAUUCAUUAUUCGAAGGAGGAUGUAUUAGAGUUCUUUAGACAGUUCAACCUGUUUUCAAGCAAGGCAGUUGGGGCUAGAAGUGCUACACCUAGUGAUAUCAAUGCCCGUAGUUUUGCAAGAGGUGCAAAUUCCCUGGAAAGAUAAGUUAGUAGUAAUUAUAACACUGAUGGGGGUAUGAAUUUCGAUUAAUUCAAGAAAAUGUUUUUUCCGUAACUAUUCUUGAUAAACGAGGAACAUGAUUCAGACGAAGAUAGAAAGCUAAAGAAAAAUCAACUUGACUUAAGCAGCAAGAAGAGAGCUAGCAGUACUAUUGAUAAGUAGCCAGAAAAUAUAAUUACUGAUCGACUUAAAAAACUUGAAAAAAUUUUGAAGGAUAAGUUCUAGAAUUAAUGGGAAUCUGUUAGAAAGGCAUUCUUGGCACUUGACUCAGACUAUGAUGGCUACAUAACUGUCGAGGAUAUAUUGCGUUAUUUUGGGUAAGAAUAGGAUGUGAAUUAUAAUGACUUGAAAAAGCUAAUAAAGGACAAAGAUUCUAAGAAGCUCGGUAAGAUAGGCUACACUGAUUUCUCCAAAUGGGUUGGAAAUUCCAUUCAUCAAUCAGAGGGGUUUUACUUCAGACACGAUUCAGUAAAAAAUCCUCAAUUUGAAAUGAACUAUCAAAAAAAUGAGUAAAAUUCUAAUAAUAAAUCAAGGACCAAAGCUUAGGAAAGCUUAAUCAACUAGAAUUUAGAGAAAACAGUACUCGACAAGAUUUAGUUUCAGUGGAAAACGCUUAGAAAGGCAUUUAUGGAUUUGAAUAUGGAAAAAAGUGGUUCUAUUAUGCCAGAAGAACUUAGGUUUUAUUUCAAGCAUUGGGGUCUGGUAUUGACUGAUGAAUAGUUUAAGUAUCUAUUUGAAAAGUUCGAUCUUGAUGGAGAUGGCAAAAUAUCUUAUAAGGAUUUUUAAAUGACAGUGGGAAGUGAAAUUCAUCCAGCUGAAGGUCUUUAUUUUAGAUAAGAUAAGCCAUAGUAAAUUAAGAUUAAUUCAUGCAAGCAUGAAAAAUGCUGGUAGCCUACCUAAGGAAUUAAUAGUUAUUGCAGUCUGCAUUUGAAGCUUCAUUAGGAUGACUGUAGCUACCUCUUUGGAAAGAUGUUUUCACAGAUAAAGACUAAAUGGCCUUAGUUUAUAGAAGAAGUUAAAAAAGCUUCUGAUAGAGAUGAUAGAGAUUAAAUAUUCCUUGAUCAGUUUUAAAUUGUACUUAGAAAUUUCAAAGUUGACUUACUACCUAGAGAAAUCAAAUUGCUUUAAGAAUCAUUCCCUGGGAGAGACGAAGGGCAAAGAGUGAGAGUAAAUGUUUCUAAACUAUAUGACCAUAAGUAUAAUAUGAUGCUCGAAAAGAUCUAUAAGAAGGUUGAUGUCCAUGAAAACGAUGGAGAUGAUGAUCCAAUAGAUUAGAGCGGUUACACAGGCUAAUUCUACAGAUAAAAAAGAAAUUUAAUACCAAUUACAGAGUAAGAAUUGGUUUAAAUCAUGGCUCGUAAUAGUAAAUUAGUGGAAAUCAUCAGAACUAUCAAAGAAAUCGACAAGUAACACAAUGGGUUUGUAACUACCACAGAAUUAGAUGACAUACUUAAGAUUCAAUACAAGGAGGAGCUUGCUCAUAGAGAUUUAAGCAAGAUAAUGAAGAAAUAUUCUUCUAUUUAAAACAGAGUAUUAGUGGAUUAUAAGAAGUUUAGAGAUGGCAUGGUAUCUUAAAUUAAACUUUUGAAUACAAAUUUCACUUAUCCAGCAACUGAAACUAACACAGUUACUCCUGACAAGAACUAAAAAUCUAAAGUUAAUGAUGAUUAGUAUACGAGUCUAUCACUCACUAGAAAUAGGGAUAUUAAGAACAGUUUAAGCAAUAACAACUUCAAAAGUGUUGAAAAGCAUAGUAGUAAACUGCUACCAAGAUAUCAGGAAGAGUAGCACAAUAUUUACUCAAACAAGUUAAGCCAUAAUCCUCAUAAUAUGACUCUAAAUUAGCAUUAGUCUCAAAACAGUAUUGAUAAAAAUACGAUUGACGAAUUAAAGGGAAAUAGAACUCUUGAUGAAAGAGGCUUGAUAUAAAUUAAAGAGCUUAUAAGACCUCAAAAUAAACAUAUCAAAUUUAGUAAUCAUGAUGUUUAGAACUCGCUUGUUGGUCAUCGAAACCUUAAAAAGCAAUAAUUAAAGGCCAAUCUAAACUAAACAAUGUAGAGUUCAUCAUUGACCAAUAAGAUAGGACAAGGUUCACUUUUAAAUUCUAACAAUGAGAUUAAGCUAGUAGACAUAAAUAAUAAGAAUAUCAAGACAUUCUAGGGUUUGAGCAAAACACCAAGUUAAAUUGGCAAUAAACUUAAAAGUAAGCAUAGAUCAAGCAUUGAUUACACAGGAGAAGGCAUUAAUAAUAGAACAAUUGAUGAUGUAAUCAAUGACUAUAAUGAUGAUAGAGCAAGAGGUGCUGGCUUGCUGUAAAGAGAUCUUAGCGACAAUACAAUGAUAAAUUCUAAUUUAAUUGAAGAGAAAUUAAGAAGAGCUUAAAGCUCUCAUGGAAUAUUUGGAAGAAAUAAUAGAAUUAAUGUUUAAAGGCUGAAGACUAUGAAUGAAAAUCAUGGUAAAUACCCAGGCAUAAAUAAUUUAUUGUAAAAUCUCAGAGAUUAAAGAAAGAACGUCCAAACUGGUGUCGAAGAUCUAAGUGAUAAAGAUCUCAUGACUGAAUAGCAAUCAAAACCAUUGAACUCUACAAUAAAUGUCAAAAAUAGCCAGCUAAACCACAGUCAUGCUUAAAUCGACUAUAUCGAUCAGAGUUUUGACCAUUUGAAUAGUAAUAAUUCUAAGUACCAAAGUUUUAUCCAUCGUAAGAAAUCUGAAGGCAUUAGUAUAGCCCUUGCAAACUCUAAUAAGACCAUGAAUAACAUUAUGAAUUCGACAAUGGGACAUAACUCUACCGUCUCUACUAAUUAAAGUACUAAAACAAAGUCAGUUCUCAAAUAAAAACUGUCAUAUGAAUGGAAAAACAUCUAUAGAUAGCUUUCAAUGAGUGAUAAGCAAUCAAAUGGAAUGAUAUCAAGUCAUGACUUUGAAAGUGCUCUCGAUCAGUUCAACGUCUUUAUAACUAAGGAGGACUUCCGUAAAAUUUAAAACCUUUACGGCGGGGCUUCGUAGAACUAUAUUAAUUAUCAAUAGCUUAGUGUUGAUCUAGGACUACAUAACAAUCAACUCAAUUUUUUAAAGAACUCAUCAGUGCGGAUGCAAAACAUUUAAAAACUCAGGAACAUAUAUAGCUCUAGUGAUAAAAAGUCAAGGAUAGGAGCUAAUAGUGUUAUAGACAGAGCGAGUACUGCAGAGAUAGGAUUUAAUAGGCAUAAUGUUGCCUUAAACCCUGGAAGUUCAAUCUCAAAUAAUAACAUUUACAAUAAUGUAUCAGGCAUGCUGAAUUCAGAAACGGUAAAGGAUCAAAGUAAAGAGCAAGUUAAAACAAUAUUGCUUGGCAAUAUGAAAGAAUUCAGAGACAUGAUUAGUGAAUAUUAAAAGAAAAAUAACUCUGAUCAUGCCAUUAUACCUAUGGCAGAGUUUAAAGCAAUACUGAAUGGAUUAGGUAUCACACUUAGUUAAGAAGUAAAUAAUUCCAAUAUUAAUUUAAAUUUAUAGACUUUGAGGAAGUAUUAGACAAGUAAAUUAAUUGAUGAUGAGCUUAAGUUUGGUGAUAGAUCCAAGAGUGUAGGAGGAGCCUAGAGAAGCAAUAAUCAGAUAGCUGGUAUUGAUGCCAGAGAAUUUUUAAAAUACUAUUUAUGA